AUCCAAAAUAGACUUAUUCCGUUACGAUAUUAUUCCGACUUUUGCAACGUGAAAAGUUUGAGCCUUGACAUGGAAUUGUACAUAGCCAAUGUGACGAUGGAGUUAUUCACAGAGGACUCAACACGUAUGAAAUUCAACCGUCAAUGUGCCACAUUUUACGCGGCUUUGGAUCAAGCAUUGUGGCAGUUACUCGAUCGUCGAAACAGUUACAUUCGAAUUGUAUCACCUCUCGCUUUCAAAGUUACCGGGAUUUUGAAUCAGAACGGAGCUCCCGUGCGCCCGACUGCGUGGAAAGAAAAGAACACAUGUACCGUUGAAACAAGCUUGCUUAACACGAAGCUAGAAGGCGAUUUGCUCAGUGUGAUGUACAACUAUGCACCGAAAUCUGUGACGGGAUUGCAAAUUACACCAGGCGAAUCGGCUGUGAAUGUUGAAUUCAAACUUGUCUAUCCGACCACAUUUUUCGUUUCGAGUAAAAUUGAUCCCACAUGCAAUUUUAUGGACAAUUUGGAAUGGGGAUUCAAAAAUCUCGCCUCGACUAACGGAUAUUACUUGGACCCGGAGACUGUCAAGUUUUCAUGUGAGCUGUUUGAUGUGAUUCCGUUCCGAUUAGACGAGAUUACCAUAACCAAAAAGUUCAAAUUAUUUUGGGUAUUAUUUAAUAACUAUUGA